UAAAACAGCCUAACACAGAACAAGAGGAAGUCGCGGGAGUCAUAAAAGCAUGUCGCCCAAUACUCUCCCAGACGAAGCCACGAUUCCUUGUUGACAUAGCCGCUGGCUGGGCGAUGUCUCUUUAAGAGAGAUUUCUGCCCAGGUAAAGGGGGAGGUCCCUCUGCUCUCCCCCUCCCCCUUUUCCUUCCCUCCGCGUCUGUCACUGGGGAUUAACAACUGCGGCCAGCUCAGCGCCGGAGGAUCAGGCUCGCAGGGAGAGCGAGAGACAGAUUGAGGCUGCACGGGGCGAGCUGGGGGUGCCGGUAUGUACGUCCCCCCUCCCGCGCUGGUAACAUUUGGACCCUCCUCCUAGCGAGCGAGCAAAGGAGGCGAAAGAGGAGGAAGCUUUGCUUUGGGCUUCGCUUUGGGAAUCCACUUCCUGGAGGAGCCCUACCGGUGCACAGGUCUCCUGGGUGCCCUGCUUAGCCGAGGGAGAGGAGGCGCAGGAGCCGCACCCGCCCACAAUGAAGGACCGGCUGGAGCAGCUGAAGUCGAAACAGGAUGACACUGAAGAUGACUUAGAAAUUGCUAUUGACAACACUGCUUUCAUGGAUGAAUUCUUUGCAGAGAUUGAAGAGACCCGGCAGAAUAUUGACAAAAUUUCAAAGAAUGUAGAAGAGGCAAAAAAGCUGUACAGCAUUAUCCUGUCUGCUCCUAUCCCUGAACCAAAGACAAAGGAUGAUCUGGAGCAGCUGACAGCAGAUAUCAAGAAAACGGCCAAUGCUGUUCGAAACAAACUUAAAAGUAUGGAGCAGAAUAUUGAGCAGGAUGUGGCUCGGUCAUCAGCUGACCUGCGGAUACGGAAGUCCCAGCAUUCAGUCCUUUCCCGAAAAUUUGUGGAGGUGAUGACCAAAUACAAUGAGGCACAGGUUGACUUCCGGGAACGGAGUAAAGGGAGGAUCCAACGACAGCUUGAGAUCACUGGGAAAAAUACAACAGAUGAAGAGCUAGAGGAAAUGUUAGAGAGUGGGAAUCCAUCGAUAUUCACAUCUGGGAUCAUGGAUUCCCAGAUCUCGAAGCAAGCGCUGAGUGAGAUUGAGGGACGACAUAAGGACAUUCUGCGACUCGAGAAUAGCAUCAAGGAGCUUCAUGACAUGUUUGUGGACAUUGCCAUGCUGGUAGAAAAUCAGGGUGAAAUUGUAGAUAAUAUAGAACUCAACAUGAUGCACACCAUGGACCACAUAGAGAAAGCACGUGAGGAAACCAAGAAGGCUUUAAAAUAUAAGAGUAGGGCACGCAAGAAAACAAUAAUUAUCAUUGUGAUAAUAGUAGUCUUGCUGGGAAUUGUAGCUCUCAUUAUUGGACUUGCAGUUGGACUGAAGUAAAAGUAACCAGCUGGGUAUCUGGCACUGAACCACAUUCCCACGCUCCUCCUAAGCCAGUAGCAAGAUUUUCCUUCUUGAACUUCACUGCCAUGGUUUGAUCUUUCCUUCCCUACCCUCCUUGGAUGAAGUAUGCAUGGUGCCCUGCAGAAUGAGUGCACUUGCACCAGUGCUUCCUGUGAGAGCCAGGUUGUUCCAGUCCCAUAGCCUGAAGACCCUAAUAUACCUUCCUGCAACCAGAAAAUCCAGAAACCUCAUGGCAUUCCAGAGAGAAGUUCCUAUCUGAUCUACUCCUUAUCCAUUCCUCCUUUCCUUCCCGAUUUACCUGCUGCCUUCAAUUCAAGCAUUUCUUCUUGAAUGAUCAACAAUACAGUGGAAAUGAACCUUAGAGGAAUUUGGGGAGCCUUAUUGCCUACCUCACUGCUUUAAUUUAACCUUUUCAAAAACACUGUACAGAUUAUUGGAGAUGCCAGCCAAUAUUACUUCCAAAAAGUCCAUGUUACAGCUAAGACUUAAACCUGUGGUUGUCACCCACCUCCUAAUCUUUACCCCAUUUUAGACUCCACAAGCUGGAGCAGGUAUUGUAUUUUCUAUGGAAGAGAUGAAAUGAUAGCCCAGAGGGAUCCCCUCAAUCUGCAUCAAGUGAGGAAAUGAACACUUAAAAGUAGCUAUAAGAAGGGACAAGGAAUCUGCAGUCAGUUAAGCCGUUCUUGGAAGAUACAGCAGAUUUAGGCAGACAAGCACAAAUUGAGGCACUCCAGACUUGAAAACACCAAGGUGUUCAGUCCAUGUUUUAAAUCAAGCCAACAGCUGUGUUUUGCAUUGGGGAUGGACUGUUAGCCCUCAUAUCCUUGAAGUCUGAGAUGCUUGUGUUUUAUUACCUAGUCAGCUGAAAUGUUUUGGUAUAGCCAUGGACAUUCCACACUUUGGGAACUUACAACAGGUCUGAAUAACAAGGAAGACCUAUCUUCAAAUACUCAUUAACAAAGACACUCCUAGGGGAUAUGUGUUACUUACAUCUUGGAUAACCCCUUUCACUUGUGGAAUGCAGUUAUAUUUCUGAGGCACUGUAAGUAGUGGUGUGCAAAGUAUUUUGUGAUUGAAAUAGUUCAGUUUUGAAUGGUUGCUCUGAGUGUACUGAAAUGGUUUGACCUUGGAACUGAGGAUGAAUGAAAUGUACACUUGAAACAGCCCAUUUUAACCCAACAUGUUUUGUACACCUCUAUUUGCAGAAUUUAAUUUCCUUCAAAUCAAAUGAAUGCUUGAGUACUGAAGGCAUGAUGUAUCUCAUCUCUAUUCUGAUAUUUAAUUGUGUUUAUGGUAUAUCUGUUUGAGGACAUGAAGAUUAGGGAAAUUGGAGACCGUGUGUGUGUGUGUGUGUGUGUGUGUGUGUGUGUUCUAUUUUAAUUUUUAAAAUUUUGUACUGAUGGUUUCUGGUUGAUAAAUGUUGCACCCAUCACUGAAAUUGCUGUUUGUAAUCUGGCCAAGGUUUGUAGGGCAAGAAAACUGGUCUGGAGAAAAAUAUUGCGUUUAGUUGAUGGCAUGGCAGCUGAGGCCCAUGCUUUCUAACACCUAAUCUCUUUACAGAAAACAUUUUAUUGCUGGAUAAAAUACUUCUGUUUUGUUAAGGGUGAAAGAGAAAGAAUCUUUCUCUUAUGAAUACAGUUACAGCAGUUAUGUUUUUCUGAUAGAAAUUCCCCUCAAUUUUUUUCUCAACUUGUUUUUGUAUAUGAGAAAGUUUUGCUAUGGUUACCAACUUGUAUGCCCUUUGGCCCUCUCAACCCGACCUGUGCCAUUCCUACAGUGGUGUCACACAUGGAAAUGGAAAGGUUUGUGUAUUUGUGAAAUGCUUAAAAAUUUGUGGAUUUCUCUAGUGGGGGGGGGUACAUUUUUGUUUGUUUAGAGAAGCUAGUCAUAUCAUGAGAGGGAGUGCCAGGCCUUUCCUUGGGGGGAAAAGUUAACACAAUUGUUCUUGCCUUCAGUAUCAGUAUAUUUGCUGCAUGGAAACCUACCUCAGAGACUAAAUCAACCACGUUCUCUGCUUACACCUGCUUUUCAACAUAGGGCUGUGGAGGAGUCAUUUCUAUGGCAGAUUUUAGGACUCUGGCAGUAAUGUUUUAUCAGAUUCAGAGAUCAGCUGCACACUCAAAUUCUAUAGAGAUUAUUUGCUUUCUGAUUACAUGAGACAUAAUAGCCCUUUGAUUGGAACUGAAGAGAUUAUUCCCAUUGGGUCUGGGAAGAGAUGACUACUUAGUAAUUCCUAGCAAUAUUUAUCAGCUUCUCCACCAGUUCCACCAUUUAGAUCCACCCAGCUUCUAGUUUGUCUAGCCAUGGUGGGUAGAUGAAACAUUUAUAUAACAUUCUUCUGGGGGUGACAGACAGAGCUGAGAAAGUGUGGUGGUCUUUCAUAGCUUUGAUGUCUGUAACUUGUAAAUGGGCUGGCAGCAGCAGUGAAAGGAUCAUUUAUGAGAACUAUCUGUAAAGAUGGAAGACUGAACUUCAACAUACUAAGCUGCCUAUGGACAGCAGAGAUUCUAGGAAUUUUUAUGAAACUUUUUAAAGAAAUGGUAAAGUUUAAGAAUAAAUGAAGUUAUUUGAA